UACGAAAGAAAAGUUUUAAAUUGAAUUGAAUUUGAAAGGGUUAAUGGUGUUACAAAAUAUUUUGUAUUAUUGGGCUGUAGUGUUGAAUAACAAACUGAUCAGAUCAAUUUUUGCAGUUCCUUAAUAUUGUACCUAUCAUCAGCAGAAGCCAGUUCCACAAACUACUUUGCAUAUGUAUUAUACACAAACCUAUGCAUUUACAAAAUUAUUAAGCAGUAUGUUUUUAUUCGCAUACUUACUUUGUGCCUGUGCUCCUGUACGUGUCGUUGGCUAAAACAAAUCAAAUGUCGAUAACAGAAAACAGUUUUCAUACCCAAUGUUUAACAGGGUUUUAACUAUGAACCAUGCUACAAAUGAACCUACUUGGAAAAUAGAUAGCAAAGUGUAAACGUCAAAGCCUCUUCCGGGGAUUUUGUUUUGUCGAUAUGAACCUGGCUUUCUUCAUGUUUGCCAGCAGGGAGCGCUAUAGGAUCAUGCUGGCUAAGUCAUACCAAGUAUUGUCACUGCAUGAAUUACCCCAGGGUCAGGCACAAGAAUUUACGACUGGUCAAAUAAAGCACGUGAUCUAAACUUGUGCCCCAUAUUUGGUUGCAUACGUAGAAAGCAGAGAAAUGACAUGUGCCUUUUAUUUCCAUAUUUCAUUAUAUAUCGCGCGGUCUAGUGCCGAAUAAACGUCUAAGAACCACAAAUCAAAACCCGUUAAAGGCAGAUGAGUUCCUACUUUUUAAACUCCUUCUCAGGUCGCUACCAAAAUGGCCACGAUUAUCAGUUGCCGAGUUAUGGAAACACCGCUUCUGUCGGCGAGCAUUUCAGGGAGUCGACAAUGCUCUCCGCCAGGUAUGGCUAUGAUUACACCGGGAUAGACCUCAGCAUGACUCGCUCGAACUCAAAUCUGUGCGGUGACAGUGAGAGGUCUACCAACUACCUGCAAACAGUUAGUAACACCUUUCAUAGCUCAUCUGGGCUGAAAAUUAAAUCUCCUGAACCUACCUUCCGUUCAGGAUCUUUAAUAAGUUCAUCAGAUAGUGGUAUUAAGACGGGUGCUACUAUCACAGAGUCCAAUCACUCAUACCAGGACACAUCGCCGGUAAACGAUGAACAUCCUGAGGGGACGAACAGCCCCAAACCGGAAAGUGGGCAACUAGACAAGGAUCCUGCACUGCAAAUGCAGAUAUACCCAUGGAUGAAAAAGAUGCACCUUAACCAAGAAGGCUUAAGCGGGCUAGAAGGGAAACGAACAAGGACAGCAUAUACUCGCUACCAGACCCUGGAGCUGGAGAAAGAAUUCCAUUAUAACAGAUACCUUACACGACGCCGGCGGAUAGAAAUCGCUCACGCCCUGUGCCUGACUGAAAGACAAAUUAAAAUCUGGUUCCAAAACCGAAGAAUGAAAUGGAAAAAGGACAAUAAAUUGAAAAGUAUAAAUAUCAGCCCCCCAGGAGCAGGUUUUCAGCCAUAACUUGUUUCAUCCCGUUUCUAGCUAUAUAAUAUUGCUGUCCAGACGAUCUUUUAUGUUGCAAUAGGAAAGGUUAUUUGGCCACAUUAAGUGCUCCUCUAUGAGAUGGGUUUAUUAAUACGUUGUUCUCAUGUGGGUACAACGUCUUGCUAUCAAUUUAUAAAGAAAAGAAUACAAUUUAUCAGUUGUCACCAACAGAUGUUGAAUCGUGUUUUUAUACAUUGGUGGUAAUAGCCAUGCCUAAAUUUAGAUUAUAACAGAGAAUAAAAGAGGUCAUUCGACGGAAUGUAGCCAAGCAAACCAUUUGUCUCAUGCGAACAGAAUGAAGUUGUGCUGUAUAUCUGGUUUCUGAACAAACGAAUCCUACGCCGAAACAGAGCUUCGCUAAAACUUUAAAUUAAUAAUAUUUUAUAAACUUAGAUGAAUAUUGUUCCCUUCAUCUCUUUUUACAUCAAACUUUCUUUUGUUUGAUUUUGCCUUGGAAUGUUUAUGGCACGAGUGUUGCUGUGGUCCCAGGUAUAUAUGUCUUGUAUAUUCUGUACAGAUAUAAUGUUUGAAUGUCUGACUUUGUCCUAUGUACAUGAAAUAAGUGAUUUUUUUUGUCUACGACAUUGAAAUAAAGUCAGUUUUAUCAAUAAACA